CAAAAAACAGACAUUUCAUUGAUAAUUUUCUUCACAAAUUCCUUAACUCCCUGCUUCGUUAGAAUAAAUAGUUGUUGAAUUAAAACGAAAAAAAAAACAAUAAAGUGUGUUUUUAAAAGGGGGAUGAGGAAAAAGAAACUCUGCUGUUCAGUUUUAUUAUACACACACGCAUUAUUUUAAAAGUGAAAGAAAAGAAAAUUUGCAAGCAAUUUGUUUUUUGUUAAACAAAGAAAAUUUUUAAUUAAAAUUCCAUUAGUUAGUGUAAACAAAUUUAACAAAGUGUCGCAUAGUGAGAAAAUUAAACCGAAACAACGUUUUAAGGUUUAUGAUACGUUCAUGCUAAGGGCGAUUUUAGGGUCGGAUUCGACCGAUUCUCAGGAGGAAGCAGCUGCUGCCGCCGGUGGCGGAGGAGCAGUAGGAACAGCUAGUAGCAGUGCAGGUGUAAUAGGUAGUGGCAAAACUUCGAAUAGUCCAGCUGCUAGCUCGCAGGGCAGUGGUAGUGUUAAAGGCAGCGGUAUUGGCUCGGGCAGAUUGUCUAGUUCGUUUUGUCGUGGUGGAUGCAGCCGCUCGAUAUCUUCCAGUGCAGUUCUUAACAAUUACGAUUACGGCACUCCGGCCACAGUAGCUCCCUCAACUUCCAUACAUUCGGCCAGCGGCUGUAUAGCAUGCGAAGCUGAUAAACACUAUCAGCAGCAGCAACAACAACAUCAUCACUCAGAAACAGUAGAGCGUAAAAGUCGCCGCAGUUUUGCCACACGCAGUAGUUGCAGCAAAAUGUCACAUUCCAGUUCUAGUUCUAUGCGUGGCAGCUCACGCAGUUGCUUAUCGAAUAAUUCAAAAUCCGUUUCGCCCGGUAGCUACAGUUGUAAUGCCUUAAAUGUAGACUUUAGCACCUACACGGCCACCCAUCAAUGGACAAAAAUGUUGGAGUGUGCUGAAUUUGUGGGAGCCAAACGUUCCAAACACACAGUGGUGGCCUAUAAAGAUGCCAUGUAUGUCUUUGGCGGUGACAAUGGCAAGACUAUGCUUAACGAUUUAAUACGUUUUGGUGUUAAAGAUAAAUCCUGGGGCCGAGCCUGUGCUACGGGUACACCUCCUGCUCCUAGAUACCAUCACUCUGCGGUGGUAUUUGGUAAUUCUAUGUUUAUAUUUGGUGGCUAUACGGGUGACAUACACAGCAAUUCGAAUCUCACGAAUAAAAAUGAUCUAUUUGAAUAUGAAUUUCAAAGAGCCAUGUGGGUGGAGUGGAAAUUUUCGGGAAAAAUGCCUGUGGCUCGUUCUGCUCAUGGUGCUGCAGUUUAUGAUAAUAAAAUGUGGAUCUAUGCGGGUUAUGAUGGUAAUGCCCGUCUUAAUGAUAUGUGGACAUUGAAUUUAACAGGUGAAAACCAUCAAUGGGAGGAAAUCGAACAGAAGGGCGAAAGACCGCCAACUUGCUGCAAUUUUCCAGUGGCUGUGGCACGCGACUGUAUGUAUGUGUUCUCAGGACAAAGUGGUAUGCAAAUAACGAAUUCUUUAUUUGAGUUUAAUUUCAAAACUAAAACCUGGCGUCGUAUUGGCAACGAACAUGUUUUAAGAGGUGUAGCCUCUCAACCACCCUCUAGACGCUAUGGUCACACUAUGGUCCAUCAUGAUCGUUUCUUAUAUGUUUUUGGUGGUUCAGCUGAUUCUACUUUACCCAAUGAUUUACAUUGCUAUGAUCUAGAUUCACAGGUGUGGUCGAUUAUACAACCUGAACCGAAUUCAGAUGUACCCUCGGGUAGGGUGUUUCAUGCUAGUGCGGUAAUAAGUGAUGCUAUGUAUAUUUUUGGUGGCACUGUGGACAAUAGUGUUCGACGAGGUGAUACCUAUCGCUUUCAAUUCUCUAGCUAUCCCAAAUGUACUCUACGUGAAGAUUAUGGCAAAUUUUUCAAUGAAAAACAAUUUUGCGAUAUACAAUUUAUAGUGGGUCCCGAAGAAACGAAAAUAAUGGCUCAUAUAGCUUUUGUAGCGGCACGUUCACAAUAUUUAAGAACUAAAAUUUUAGCGGCUAGAGAUGCAAGACUACAGCAAAUGGAAAAGGUAUUUGGUUCGGGUUGCAUAGAAGUGCGCACUUGUACGCAGGGUCCUAAUCAAGAACCUCUAUUGGAAGUACGUUUACCCAAUGCCAAUCCCGAAGCUUUUGAGAUUAUACUCAACUAUAUCUAUACAGAUCGUAUUGAUCUAAAGGAAUCGUAUAAUAAGAAUAUUAUUAUUCUUAUUACGGAUAUUUAUCAAUUGGCGGGUUUAUUUUUAAUGCCACGUCUGGCUCAUGGUUGUAUACAGUAUUUGGAUUUUAAAAUUAAUAAACAAAAUGUUUUGGAGGCGUUAUACAAUGCGGAUAAGAAGAAGAUACAAAUUGUCAAGGAUCAUUGUAUGCAUUUCCUAAUCAAAGAGGAAAACUUUAGCGAUGUUGUUAUGUCCAAUGAAUUUAGUGAUUUAGAUAAACCUUUAUUGGUGGAAAUUAUACGCAAAAAACUAAAUCCUAGCAAAAUAGUAGCUGAUCCUAAUAUGGAUAAGAAUGUGGGCACCACUUUGGAAAGUGAUAUGGCAGUGUUUUUGGAAUCUACCGGCAAAGAUUUUUGCGAUAUAAACUUAGUUUUAGAUGGUCAAGUUAUCAUGGCUCAUAAGUCUAUAUUAUCGGCGCGAACACAAUAUUUCCAGGCCAUGUUUCGUUCAUUUAUGCCACCGGAUAAUACGGUUAAUAUUUCCAUUGGUGACAUACUACCCUCCGUCGAAGCCUUUCAGUCCCUACUGCGUUACAUCUAUUAUGGCGAAACGAAAUUACCGCCCCAAGAUGCUCUCUACCUAUUUCAGGCUCCUCACUUCUACGGCCUCUCCAACAAUCGUUUACAUUCGUUUUGCAAAUAUUCACUCGAACAUAAUAUAACUUAUGAAAAUGUUUUACAAACCCUAGAGGCUUCAGAUUAUACGAAAAUUUUCGAUAUUAAAGAACAUGCCUUAAAUUUAAUAGUUAAGGAUUUUGCACGUGUGGCACGUUUGCCAAAAAUAUCCGGUCUAUCACGUGAGCUAUUAUUGGAGAUUAUACGAGCUGUUGCCGAUUCACAUGGUGAAUUUUUAACACGUAUUAGUAUUAAUACAGAUAUCUGAAAAUUGGUGUUAUUACAGCCUGCUUUACAAUUUCUAUUGGCCUGGCUGCAAAAGGGCAGCACCAGCAGCAGCAAUUGCAACAACAGCAGCAACAACAACAAUGCUGCCUGACACCUUAAAGUAAUUGUGUUUUUCUUAUGUUUUUCCAAAAUUUUUUCUUC